UUUCAUACUUGUUUCAACAUGGCAUAUUUAAGUUCCCUCUACAAUUUCACUGUUGACACCAAUCAAUUAGCAUCGCCGAAUUCAAACGAGCAAAAAUGUCAAGCGACAGUGACGAGGAUGAGCUCUUACGAAUGGCAUUGCAGGAGCAAACAACUGGUAAGAAACCGUCAGAGCCACCGGCGAAGCCGAACAUGAGGAGCGGCGGCAGAGGAACGGGAAGUACGGAUGCGACGGCGAACAGAAAAGUGCAGCAGAAGCAUAGGAAGGGAGUAGAAGAGGUCGAUGAAGAUGAUUCGGACUUAGAGAUUCUCAGCAUUUCCUCUGGGGAUGAGGACCACGCAUCCUCUAAGAAGGAUAGUAAACGUGCCUCGAAAACAAGGGCUGCAAGAGGAGCUGGGAAGGAUGAUGAUGAACUAUGGCAAGGUGGUGAACCUGAUUGCUGGAAACGCGUUGAUGAAGACGAGCUAAGACGCCAUGUUCGGGAGAUGAGGGAGACUAGAGCAAUUCCAGCCAUUCAAAUUAAAGCUGAGGAGGAGAAGAUGGCAUUGGCAAAGAAGGCACUUCAGAGUUUGCAGUCUUUCCCUCGUGGCAUGGAAUGCAUAGAUCCUCUAAGAUUGGGGAUAGUUGACAAUAGAACAUUAAGGAUGAUCAGUGAGCACUCAUCAAGUUCCCCAUCUGUAGGCGAUUUAGACCCCAAAACUCGCGAGAGGUUGAAUUAUUUUUCUGAGAAGUUUGACUCAAAAUUGUUUCUAUCCCGAAUCCACCAAGAUACUGGUGCAGCAGACUUAGAGGCAGGUUCUGUUUCAUUGAAGACUGAUCUUAAAGGGCGUAUGCAACAGAAAAAACAAUUGGUCAAAGAGAAUUUUGAUUGCUUUGUAUCUUGCAAAACUACGAUUGAUGAUAUUGAAUCAAAGUUGAGACGCAUUGAGGAAGACCCUGAAGGUUCUGGAACUAAACACUUAUAUGAUUGUAUGCAUGGAGUCAAUUCAAUUGCUAACCGUGCUUUUGAGUCACUAUUUGAAAGACAGGCUCAAGCUGAGAAGAUAAGAUCUGUUCAAGGAAUGCUUCAGAGGUUCCGAACAUUGUUUAACUUACCCAGUACCAUUCGUGAAAGCAUUAGUAAGGGUGAAUAUGACCUGGCAGUCAGGGAGUACAGGAAAGCAAAUUCAAUUGUGCUGCCUUCUCAUGUAGGAAUUUUGAAGCGUGUCGUUGGGGAGGUUGAAAAGGUUAUGCAAGAGUUUAAAGGCAUGCUUUACAAGUCUCUGGAAGAUCCUAAUAUUGACCUGACAAACCUUGAAAAUAUAGUGAGGCUCUUGUUGGAGUUGGAACCUGAAUCAGAUCCUGUAUGGCACUACUUAAAUAUACAGAACCACAGAAUUCGAGGCUUGCUUGAGAAAUGUUCUUUAGAUCAUGAAGCUAGGAUGGAGAAUUUACAGAAUGAGAUGAAAGCCAGAGCUUUAUAUGAUGCAAAAUGGAGGCAAAUUCAGCAAGAUCUGAACCAUUCCUCAGACAUUGAUUACUCUGCAUCUCUUGGAAAUACAAAUCUUCCUGGUGAUUUGGAACUGUUAGAGAUGACUGGUGAACAAGGUGAUGCUUUUAGAGGAAAGUAUAUACGUAGGUUGACUGCUGUUGUUAUCCAUCAUGUACCUGCCUUCUGGAAAGUUUCUGUUUCGGUGUUCAGUGGGAAAUUUGCUAAGGCUUCCCAAGUGUCAUCUGAUUCAAAUGUCAAUGUCUCUGCAAAGAGAACUGAAGAAAAAGUAGGAGAUGGAAAGUACUGUAGUCAUUCUCUUGAUGAAGUUGCUGGGAUGUUGCAGAGUACUUUAUCAGCUUAUGGAUCCGAGGUUCAGAAUGCAUUUCGAGAUCUUGAAGAAUCAAAUAUUCUUUGCCCAUACAUGAGUGAUGCCAUAAAAGAGAUAUCUAAAGCAUGCCGCGCAUUUGAAGCCAAAGAAUCAGCACCUCCAGUUGCUGUUAUCGCAUUGCGCGCACUUCAGUCUGAGGUCACAAAAAUUUAUAUAUUGAGGCUCUGUUCCUGGAUGCGCAUUACCACUGAGAAGAUAACAAAAGAUGAGACCUGGAUCCCAGUAUCUAUCUUAGAAAGGAACAGAUCUCCAUAUACAAUUUCUUCCUUGCCUCUGGCUUUCCGUUCAAUUAUCACAUUUGCAAUGGAUCAGAUCAAUACAAUGAUCCAGUCUUUGAAGAAUGAGGCUAUGAAGUUAGAGGACAUAUUCUUGCUGCUUCAAGAAAUUCAGGAAUCUGUUAGACUUGCCUUUUUGAACUGUUUGCUUAAUUUUGCCGGCCAGCUGGGCCACAUUGGCAAUCAACUUCUGAACGAAUAUGACAGAGAGAGUUCACAUUUUCAAAACGGACAUGCUGAACCAGAAGAUAAAUCAUUGGAUCCUCUUCCAGGAAGUAUUGUUAAUCCACAUCGACAGUUGCUGAUGGUUGUAAGCAAUAUUGGAUUUUUCAAAGACGAACUUGCUCAUGAAUUGUACAGCAAGUACAGACGAACUUGGCUGCAGUCGAGGGGCAAGGAUGAAGAGGACGCUGAUAUGCAAGAUCUCAUUACAUCUUUCUCUGGGCUUGAAGAGAAUGUUCUUGAGCAGUAUACUUUGGCAAAGAGAAAUUUGUUCAGAACAGCUGCUGUAAACUAUUUGUUGGAGAGUGGUGUACAAUGGGGUGCUGCACCAGCAGUUAAGGGAGUACGAGAUGCUGCUGUGGAUUUACUACACACUUUAGUUGCUGUACAUGCAGAGGUCUUUGCCGGUUGUAAGCCUCUGUUGGAUAAGACACUUGGUAUUCUUGUUGAAGGCCUAAUAGACACUUUCUUAAGCCUUUUCCAUGAAAACCAAGAAACAGAUUUUACAGUAUUAGAUGUGAACGGCUUUUGUCAGCUUAUGCUUGAGCUUGAUUAUUUUGAGACCAUAUUGAAUACUUAUUUUACACAUGAAGCAAGGGAGUCUCUGAAAACUUUACAAGGGGUCCUUUUAGAGAAAGCAACUGAGAGUGUCCCAGAGACUAUUGAGACUCCAAGUCAUAGUCGUCGGCAAACACGUGGAAAUGAUGAUGUACUUCAGGAUGAAAGGCAGCAAGGGGGGAAUGUAUCACCUGAUGACCUGAUUGCUCUUGCACAGCAGUAUAGUUCUGAGCUACUUCAAUCUGAACUUGAGAGGACUCGAAUCAAUACGGCAUGCUUUGUGGAGUCAAUUCCUCUGGAUUCUGUCCCAGAUUCAGCAAAAGCAGCUUAUGCUUCUUUUAGAGGAUCAAUGGAUUCUCCCAGUAGAGGAUCUCAAAGUGUUGGACCCCCAAGCUACUCCAAACAAAGGCGACGAUAAAUUAGAGGAUGAGUUGAUUUUAACAAUAUAAAGGAUGAUUGCAAUUGGAAGACAGCCUUAUUUCCUGUUUAUAAUGUGUUGCGCUUUUCGUCCCAUAUUUCGAACGUCACAGUGGGGAAGCCUCUUCAUUUAGCUGUGAAACACAAAGUCCAGAAAUGAUUUGACAAAAUAAUGUGUAGGUGUAUCCUGCAAGUUGUUUGUUGACUUUCAUGGCUUCCAUUUUACUUGACCUUGUACAAGUCCUUCAGCUGGCUCUCAUCUAAUAUAAUCUUUGAAGAAAGAA